AAAACUUCAAAAAAGAACAAUAGUUCGAUACUCCGAAACAAAAUUCGUUCACGGCAUGAACGGAUUCAGCAACUUCACGAGCAAACUAACGACUUACGACACAUCAUUCGCAGACAAAUAGUUCCUGAGUUUGACAGUUGGGCAAGAAUGGUAGAUAUGUGAGAACCCCACCAGAAUUCAAAGACCAUAUCUCAGAGAAGAAGCUCACGGACACACUCAGAGACACAGAGAUGGAAGAAGGUGGAGGAGAGAAGAAGGUGGUGAUGGUAGGCAUAGAUGAAAGCGAAUGCAGCAGAUACGCUCUGGAAUGGGCUCUGCAAAACCUUGCUCAUAUCCUUUCAGAUUCUAAGCUCAUCAUCUUCUCUGCUCAACCCGUUGACGAUUUUGGUUAUGCUUAUGCUUCCUCCUUCGGUGCUGCCCCUCCCGUGUUGAUACAGUCCUUGCAGGAAAACCGAAAGAAGCUCACCCUGGCUUUGUUGCAGAAAGCUAAGGAAAUCUGUGCCCAACAUGGGAUUGAUGCAGAGACACUGACAGAAAGUGGAAGUCCUAAAGAAGCAAUUUGUGAAGCAGUGGAGAAACUGAAAGUCCAACUACUUGUGCUUGGCAGCCACGGCCGUGGACCACUACAGAGGGCGUUUCUGGGAAGCGUUAGCAACUAUUGUGCUCAUCAUGCCAAGUGUCCUGUCCUCGUUGUAAAGAAAAAAGCUUCAUGAAGGAGUCAAAAAACUAUGAAUUGCUAUCCAUUUUAAUGACUAAGAUGGGGGACAAUGUUUAUAUUCUGCUUGCCCCUGUAAACUUGAAUUACCCAAGUGUGAAUUAUUUUUCUUGAUAAUCUCUCUGUAUAUCCAAGUCAAAUUUUUGAAGUCAAAUGUAUGUGUAGUUCAGUUAUUUAGCUUUUAA